AUGACCCCACCAGCAGCAGUUUCUACACCAAAUGCUCUUGCAGCUGACACUGAUAUCGAGGAGUAUUAUAACGAGGAUGAUGCCACUGCAGCGGCCACUCUAGCAGCAGCCGCCUCCGCCACCGCAGCAGCAAGGGCAGGGAGAGUGAGAGGAAAAGUCCCAAGUGCUUUUGACCUGGCGCUGUCUUUACCUCUGCAAAACCCCCCGGCCUUCCCCUUCCCGUUCCCCCUGCCACUGGCACAGCGUCAUGACACCAGGGCCCUGAAACAGCUAUCUGCCCCUGUUGUGAGAUCACCAGAACAGCAUCAGGGCCGGGCUGCUGAGCUUCAUGCUUCUGCUACUGGUGGAGAUGCUGUGAAGGUUGAAGCUUCAGAUAGUGUGGGUGUUGCUGCUAGAGCUGGAGCUUCAGCAGGCAGGGGAGAGAAAGUGACAGGCAGUGCUGCUGCAGAUGCACAGGGGAUAGUCAAGAGAGAAACGGUUUCAGCCGCUGCAGCAGCAGUUCGAGCUGCAGCAGCAGGAGCAGCAGGGGUGGUGGAUGGGGAGGGAGAGGUGAGGUCGGGUGUGCUGAUGCAGUUUAGAGAGGGUUUUCCCACUGAUGGCUUGCCGUGGGACGCUCUUAGGUGGUGGGAUGGACAGGCAGGAGGAGGUGUGGGAGGAGUGGGAAGAGAUGGAGAGAUGGGAGGAGGGGGUUUAGUUGGCAAGGGUGACAGGGAAAUUGGGGGGGAUGAGGGUGGUGCAUCGACGGUUGUUGUGCUGGGUCAUGGGAUAGGAAACAAGGAAAGGGUGGGAGAGGAAGGCAGUCAUUUGGAUGAGGUGGAUGAGGAGGAGAAAGAGAGAAAGGAGAUGGGUGAAGAGAGGGAAAGAGGAAAUCUUGAGGAGGAGAAAGAACAGGAGGAGGAAAUGCGGAAGGAGGAGGCGACAAGGAAGGAGGAGGAUAAGGGGAGGGAGCAAACGGGGAAAGCGGAUGAGGGGCAGAGAGAGAAGCAGGAGGGGCAGAGAGGGAAGCAGGAGGGGCAGAGUGGGAAGCAGGAGGGGCAGAGUGGGAAGCAGGAGGGGCCGAGGAAGAGGAAGCGGGAGGAGAGCACACUAGAGAUGGCGGAGAGGCUGGUGGGAAUGCACCGGGCAGCCGUGGGGAGGGCGAGGCUGGGCAGGCAGAGUGCAGUGGCUGGGGGGUAUGCAAGCCCCGCCAGUGGUGCUGACCUGGCUGUGCUGUCGUUUGUGUUCGGGGCUUACACUCCCCGGCAAUGGUGCUGUGAUGGUUAA